AUGGAAUCAACAGACAGCGUAUCCCGGAACCAUGAUACGACCGAGAUUGAAACGAAUGACACUGUAAACGACAUGCCGUCUCCAACUACGGAAACGAUUACCCAUCACGAGCCAUCUGAAGACGAUAUGCCUCAGCAGUUGCUACCCGAACGGAAACGACAGCAGUUCUCGUAUACAGCCAACGAAUUAAGGAGACGACAUAUUAAAAACGAAGAAAAGAUGGAUAAUAGUGGAAGUGGUUUUUAUGAAUGUAAUAUAUGUUUCGACACAGCUACUCAUCCCGUGCUUACAUUAUGUGGUCAUUUGUUUUGCUGGUCUUGUUUGGCUCAAUGGCUUAAUGCACAAUCGAGAAACCCAACAUGCCCGGUUUGUAAGGCAGGAUGUGGAAAAGAUAAGGUGAUACCGGUAUAUGGAAGGGGGCGAGAAGAAAAGGAUCCAAGAAAUGAUCCCUCUAUUCCUACACGACCAGCUGGCCAACGACCACCACCCUUGCGAGAUCCCAAUACACCAGGCUCCUCUUUCUUUGGACAACCGUUCCGGGGUAUGCAUACUGGAAACAACAUUGCCAUCUCGGCUGGUAUCGGUUUGUUCCCUUUUGGCAUUGCAUUUAAUAUCCCAACCUCCAAUGCUGGUAUCCAUGGGCAACCGGGCCAGAAUUCUUUCAUGUCACGCUUGAUUUUAAUGGUGAUCAUCUUGCUGCUCGCUGCUAUCAUCUUUUAUUAG